AUAGAUGUUUACCGACGCCAUGUAGCUAACUACGUAUGGCUAGCGUGUCUUUAGUGUGUCUUUCUUUCGCUUAUUUUACACAACGUCACUGUGGGUGUCAGAUUUUCGAAACGUUGUUGAAGCUGUGGCGGUGGCGGGAUGCAAACAUCUGAUUCAGACGGAGUUGAAACGUCUCAACAGUCGCUGGUUUUCUUUGACUUGGAGACAACCGGACUGGAUAAGAGUUGUGAGAUUGUCCAGCUGGCUGCAGUGAGUGGAAGCCACUCUCUCAACCUCUAUGUCAUCCCUCGGUGUCGAAUGCAGCGAGGAGCAGCCAAAGUGACCGGCUUCAGGGUCCGCAGACAGAGAUUGUACCUCCAUCGACAACUUGUUCACACCAACUCCCUGCGAGAGGUCCUGGUCUCCUUCAUAGCUUUUCUUCAGAUGCUCAGACGCCCGCUUGUCAUUGGCCACAACAUCCGCUGCUUCGACUGUCCGCUGUUGGCUCGAGUUCUCGAUGAACUGGACCUCAGGGCAGAGUUCGAGUCAGCGGUCUCCGGCUGUGUUGACACUUUACCGCUGGCCCGGGAGAUGCUGAAGGACCGCGGCCUCCAGAGUUUUCGUCAGGAGAACCUGGUCAGGGAGCUCCUGGGUGUGAACUACAAGGCCCAUGAUGCUUUGGAGGAUGUGCGGGCGUUACAGGCACUGUUUAGUGUGCUUCAGCCCACACCAGAAUUGAUCUGUAGACAUAGGUUUACUCUGGACACCAUGAAAAACAAACCUGCUGUCAAAGCUGCUAAAUCUGAAGUUCCCUGUAAGCCACCAGGACAGAGCACGCUGUGGGAGAAGUUCAGACUGACGGGGAAGAAAGAAGACGAAGCCACAAGUUAAAACAUAUGAAACCCGCUGGAUUGCUUGAUGGCAAAAAACAAAACAAAAGGGGGGCUUUUGUUCUUGCUGUACAUACAGAGCUGAAGCUGUCAGUUUACUACAAAGGUUGAUGGUGGAACAAAUGAAAAACUGACUGGAGAAAAUCACUGCAAACAUCCUCUUUGGUGAAGCAUAAAGGAAAACAACUACUGCGCAAAUGGAUUGUUCCUGCAACAGCUCAUGGAAGCUUGGAAAGGUGAGCAAAACAUACAAAGACAAUGCCUGCACAUCUGGAAGUCACACAUUAUACUUCAGCCUGAUGCAGCACUUGGAUAAGGGUGAGAUGGGUUUUUUCGUUUGCCUAAUCGGGCCUUUUAGUUCUUGUAGACUGCCUUGUAUGGCAUAGUCCGUUUCAAAUCCGUAAACUUCAAUCUCCCCCUUUUUGAUUAUUCUAAAAACAUGCACUUCAGUUUAUUGCACAAUUAUCAACAAAUUCACUAUUUAUUUCAGAAACAACAAACGGGCAUAAAGAGUAUUCCUUAACAAAAAGCCAAGAUUCAAACGUCUGUUUUUGUGGUUAUAAAUGGUAAAAAUGUAUAUAAUGGUGUGCAGAUUUUUCUCUUAUUCCAUUAUCAACCCAGCAGCUUUAUUUUUAGUCAUCAAUUUGUGGAAAUAGUGAUGACUAGGUUAUGUAUAAAGGUUUGUUACUGAGAAAAUGUUAUGUGCUUUCAUUCUGAAUUCCCUUCAAGGUUUUGAUAAGCUUUGAAGAGCAUUUUUAUUGAAGGUAAAUUAAUCUGCAAAUAAAUGUUAUAUUUCUACA